CUCCACAGACCAAAAUGUACCCUGUGAUGGAGUCUAUGACGAUAUGGAUCAAUGUUGUGGCUCUUUCCCUGUUAGCUCUCAUCACACCAUCCGACUGGUUUGUUCAGUUGGUGUCGCUGAUCUCCGCGGCGGAUGAGUUAUCCGCACUGCUGUGGAAUUCGUCCAUUGAUCGGGCACGGGAUAUUUUAAGCGCGUACGUGAAAUCCAUUGUGAGUCCAACCCAUGAUGUGUAUUUUGUUGGCCACGGCCUCGCAGGGGCAGCAGCGGCGUUUUUUGUCUCAGACUUACCGGAGAAUGUGCAUAGCGUGACAUUUGCAUCGCCACUGAGCGCGGUUGCGUGGCGCCGUGGCCAUAAUUGGAUCUCUGAUGAGUUGUCCAGCCGUGUUUUGUCUGUUGUGUCGUCCUCCUCUGUGUUUUCGCUGCGUUGGAUGUGGGGGGGACUGUCGUACAUGAUACCAUGCAAUUUGCCUGAGGGUGAAUGUCGCAACAUUGACUCGAUGGCACGGCUAUUGGAUGCGCUUUGCGGCUUGAAUACAAAGUCAGACGGGAAUUAA